AUGCAAUUCGAUCCCGACGCGCCGUAUUGGAAGACGAAGCCUCCUGGUAUCAAGGAAGACAGACCCAUUAACCGGGAAGUACACAAGCCAGGAUACUGCUUCCCCUGUUGUCAAAAGUAUGGAACGCACGACAAGCUCGGGUGCAGGCUAGGCCCACAUAGGGCCGCUGAUGGAGUGCGGGAGAAAGACCUCAAUAGCUGGAAAAGCUACGAGGAUUUCCAAGAGGCUAUGGGUGCACCAAGGAGGGAGGACAUGCCGUCAUGGGAGGCUCAUUGCAUUGCUCUUCGAAGGCAAGCCUCCAUGGCAGUAGAGUCUGAUUCCGAUGCGGAGGAAUCAGACUCUACUUCAGAAUCAGAUACAGAGGAGUUGUACUCCACUCCAGCCACGGAACAGUCGGACAGGUCUACUCCAGCUGCGCCGUCUACGGAGGAACUAGCCGCCUUGAAAACCACACAGAGCACAGAGGUCGCCAAUACCAAUGGGGAAGAUGAUUAUGAAGAGGAGGGACCCAGCUGGGUCGAUGAGUGUGACCAAGCUGGCCAGGACUUUCCUGACAUUACAGAAUUACCUCGAAAAAAAAGACGUGCCUUGUUGAGGGCUCAAGAGAUCGCUUUGCGGGAGGCCUUCGCUACCAGAGAGGCCUACGGAUCCCAUUGUAGACCUCAUCUGAAUCGCCAGACCUUGACGGUGGAAGUACGCACGAUGGUAUCGUAUACCAGUGGUCCGGGCUCAAACAGUCUCAAACGGAAGCGAGAAGAAAGCCCGGGAACAGAGCGAAGACAGAGAAAAAGACUGAUUGAGGACAGGCAUGAUUGA